CGUCUGUGAAGUGACACUCUGCAGUCACAUGUAGGUUUCGAGCUGUAUUUCUGUGUCUGAACCCACCUGUGACGGCGCUUACACAGCUGUCUUCACUGGUCAGAGUCUACUAUAUGAGUGGUGUAUUCCUUGAACCGUGGAGAAAACAGGUAAAGGGUACUAGGAUUUUGUCGGCGCUUUGUGGGUGACUCAUUGGGAAACCGGUGUAUGUAUAUAUAAAUAUCUUCAUGCACCUAGCAACUACAUACAACACGCGAAAAACUGGGUGGGUAAUACAACUCACUGGUACGAUGCUAUAGCAUCGUAGAGUAUAGUGGAAUGUGUUGACAGAUUAAAUAAUUUAGGGUGUCGAGAAUGGGCUGCAUACAACCUUUUAUGGGGAGUGUCUUUUAGUUUGGUGCGCUGGAACAUUAGGGAAAAUUCCCAUCAGAUUUUAUUGUUUUGUUGCUGUUUUUGCAUAUAUGUAUGCUAUAUGGUAUGUUCUUUGUUUUGAAGCAAAAAUAGCAACAAACAUUUAGGUUUUAACGCCCGAUGCUAUUCUUGUGAAAUUGAGAAAUACCUUCUUAUACUCCAUCAUAUUUGUCUGAUCUGAAGAUACGUUGUUUUCACGCGUCUGUGAAACCGGAACUAAUCGAAUUAUUGUGUUAUUUGUUGCUGGUUCAGGAUUAGGGUUGAGUACUCCCGCGUUAAAUGAAUCGAAUAAGCCGAAUUUGAUCUUGAUGAAUCUGGCUGGCGAAUUGCGUUGGUUUUCUGUCGUUAUGACGUGUGCUUCCUUGUGUUCCACUUGCAUUAUAAAUUGGCUUCAGGCUUAACCUCCUUCUCAUAUCACAGUCAGGCAAAUACACAUCAUAUGAUCCUGUUGUUCAGUUGUGUCUUCACUGAAGCUUGCUGAAGAAUCAGACAAGCAUUAGAUUGUACACUGCUGCUGCUAUGAAUUAUAAAGAAGGCAGUGUUUUCUUGGUGUAGUGACUGAAGAAAGAAGGCUUCACUGUAGGUUCAUAGAAUUGGCCUUCUCUCCCAUGGAAGGCUAUAUGAUUUCAAUGCGCCCAAAUCGUGGGUCGUUGUCUCCUCAGCCACCGGAGCACCACUACCGACGGUCAACUGGAACAGUCAACACAAGAGACACCUAUGCAAACUCCACACUGAGCAGUAGCAGCAAUUCCUGCAAGGGCAGUGAUGCCAGUCCUACAUCUGGCCCAUACCCAAGCACACCCAGGCGUCACGUGAAGUACAGCUCAUCCUGUAAUGACAACCACGGCAUCCACCCACCCGCCCCAGAGCAGUACCUCACUCCCCUGCAGCAAAAGGAGGUCUGCAUCCGACACCUGCGGGCGCGGCUCCGGGAGAACGUGGAAAAGCUGCAGGACAGAGAUGCCGAGGUGGAUGAGCUCCGGAUGCAGUUGUGGCGGAUGCAGGAGGACUGGGUGGAGGAGGAGUGCCACCGCGUGGAGGUGCAGCUGGCGCUGAAGGAGGCACGCAGGGAGAUCCAGCAGCUGCAGCGGGUUGUGGAGGCAGUGCGCUCCCAGCUGGGCGUGCCGGCAGGCACAGACGAGGGUGUGGCCAUGGGGGAGGGCACGGGAACAGCUGUGCACCGCGGCUUCCGAGACAUCAGUACCCAGAACCGCAAGCUGGAGUCACUGCUGCUGGGCAUGGAGAUGUGCCAGGAGGUGCGUUCCCACGGCAGCUCACCGGCCCGCUCACUCACCCGCAGCUCCACCUACACCAAGCUGAGCUGUGAGGCACUACCAGACCGAGACGGCCUGUCGGGCGAGGAGACCCUGGAUAGCGGCUUCGUGGGCGGGGGCAGCCGGGCGGACUUGGAAACCCUCCUGGCUGAGGCAGACCCCGAGUCGCCUCUGCAGCCGCUGCCUCCGAUCCCGCUGUGUGAGCAGGCCGUGCAGACUGAUACCAUGCUGCAGAGCCCCAGCCCCGUUAGUGAGAGCGACCACAUGGCUGACAUCACCAGCUCGCCAGCACCUGCCGCCAUCUCCUGCACCAUGCAACUUCCGUCCCCUGAGAACGUCAUCAAGCUGCAGCUCGAAACGCAGCAGCCCGAAAGUGAGCCACAUCCACAGGAGGUCACAACUGUGAAGGUAGUGGAGGACGAAGAAUCAGAGGAGGAGGAAGCCAUGGGGGCGGCAAGACAUACCCCGAAUAGCUACUGGGGACGGCACUUCUUGGUGGACCUGUUGGCGGUGGGCAUUCCCAUAGUGCCAGCUGUGGCUUGGCUGUGCCGCGGCCCCCGCAGGGUGGGACAUCCCGUCUGCAACAUUGGCUCGCUGCUGCGUGGCUGCUGCGCCCUGGCCAUGCACUCGCUGCGCCGGGUAGGGGGGGCUGGGGGCGGAGCUCGGGGCAGAGUAACACAGAUUUAAAGGGAAAGCAGCCCCCUUACAGUUUUCUGUGCAAAUUUGUGCCUCAUAAGAGUAAAAAGAUUUAAAACAAGACAUUAAACAAAAAAUUGUUUUUGGUAUAACCUAUAUGUGAGGUAUAUUUUUAGGCUUUAUUUGAAUUUAUCUGAAGCUGCCCCAUGAACUCUUGACCCAUUAAACAUUUUCUCAUCUCACCAUGACUGGUAGUUUUUAGCCAUCCCUCAUUUCCAGUUCAAUGAUAAUUAUGUAAUCAGCGCACUGGAAACCCAUGUCCCUAGACUCGGAAUAGCUGUCCUGCAAACAAAAGGCACAGUGCAGUCUGUAGCUGCAAUUGCAUAAUUGAUGAUGAUAACGGAUUCAUCUCUGUCACCCAGCAGCGCUUCACUGCACGGUUCAACACAACCUUUUAGCACAAGCGCCACGGCGUGUCACAAAUUGCCAUUUGUGGUGUUUAAGGGCAUUGUCUAAAAUAACAAAGUGUUGCUUUUCAGUGCCUAUUAAUGACAUAUUUUGUGUAUUUUUUCAUCAUAUUGAUUAGAAUAAAGGAAACACACCUAAUAAUGUGGAUGACAAUAGUAGUAAAAUUUCUGGCUGUUUAUUUUUGCUUUUGUCUAGCAGUUUGGUUCGAUAAUGUGUUUCUGUGGCUGGUCGCAGACGUUUGUUAUUGGCCCUGAUGUAUAAAUAUCCUGAAUGUUAUUGACCAAAAUAUUUUUUUCAUCUGUAUAAAAAACCAAACUGCAACAGAGUUGAAAAGACCAAAUAUUGUAUAAUACACUGCAAUGUAAAAAUGUUAAUGCUAUUCUUUGAUUGCACUAUAUCGUAGUUCUGCUUAAGGUGAAGUUGUAACAUUGCAAAACCUCCAAAGAGGAACCAUUUUUAUCCUCUGUGCGUGAAAACUGGCUAUGUAAAAUAUUGAAUGUAAUGCAAAUACGGAAAUACAAUGAGAUGUAAUAAAUGGGUGUAAAUACC